UGAGGCGGCCGCCAUUCGGCUGCGCGCCUCCUCACGGCGCCCCCCCGUCCCCCCGCCCCCUCCUUCUCCUCCUCCUCCCCGCCCCUCGCACGGCCCGAGCCCGCUAGCGAAGCCGGCCCGGCCCGGCCCGCCGCCGUGUGUCCUGUGUUGCGCCCGGCCGCUGGAGGUGCCUCGGCGGUGGAGUUCGUAGCUCGAGGUCACCGCGGGAAGGGUAUGGUACAGCGUGCCUGUGUGUGCUCCUUGGUCCCGUGCCGCUUCACCAGCUCAGCUCUGCAGAAGUACGUUGUUUUGAGGAACUCUGAAGCUUGCUCUUUGUAAGGUGAAGUGCUGUGAAGACUAUUAACAUAGAAAAAUGGACAUGUUGCAGAUACUGCGUAAAACCACAGAACGCUUGGAGUGUGAUCACUGCAGCUUCAGAGGAACGGACUAUGAAAACAUACAAAUUCACAUGGGCACCAUACACCCAGAGUAUUGUGAUGAAAUGGAUGCUGCUGGUUUGGGUAAACUUAUAUUUUAUCAAAAAAGUGCGAAACUGUUUCACUGCCACAAAUGUUUCUUUACCAGCAAGAUGUAUUGCAACGUGUAUUAUCACAUCACAGCGCAACAUGCAGCACCAGAGAAAUGGAACGAGGAGCGGAAAGGACAGGUAGAAGGAGGUUCAGAUUCCUCCAAAAAGAAUGGUGCUGUGGAGCCCCAGAAAUCUGUCCCUUCCCCUGAGUCUCUCAAACCUGCCCUUUCUCCUGAAGUCUCCAAAUCUGAAUCCAAGUUUCAGAAAUCAUCAGUGUCCCCAGAGUCCCAGAAGUCAGCUCUGACUUCUUCCUCUGAGCCAGAGAAGUCAGCCCAGAUCAUGUCCCCAGAUUCAGAAAAGUCAGUUCAGGCUGUGUCUCCAGAUCCAGAGAAAUUAGUCUCAUCUGUGUCCUCAGACUCAGAAAAAUCAUCCCCUGAUGCAUCCCCUGACCCACAGAAGCAAUCCCCUGAUGCAUCCCCUGACCCACAGAAGCCAGCUCCUGCUGUGUCCCCAGACCUGCAGAAGCCAGCCGUGUCUGUGUCUCCAGAGCCCCGUCGCCAUUCCCCUGCUGUAUCACCGGAGCCCCGUCGCCAUUCCCCUGCUGUAUCACCGGAGCCCCGCCGCCAUUCCCCAGCACUGUCUCCAGAGCCCCGUCGCCAUUCCCCAGCCGUGUCUCCAGAGCCCCGUAGAUACUCCCCGGGUGUGUCGCCAGAGCCAAAGAAACCUACUCCAGCUGUAUCCCCUGAACCACGAAGGUACUCCCCGGCUGUGUCUCCAGAGCCUCGGAGGCAUGCUUCUCAAAUGCGUAGGCCUGCUUCUGCUUCUUCCCCCGAAACCCGGAGGCCUGCUCCUGCUGUUUCACCAGAGUCAUGGAGACCUGGUCCUACUGUUUCCCCUGAACCCUGGAGAUCUACGCCUCAUGAAAUGCAAAAAUCUGCAGUUUCUCCCUGGGCUCCAAAGGCUUCCGUAGAGUCUCGGAGGUCUGCCCCCGAAUCCCGAAGGUCUGGACCUGUUGCAUCACCAGAGUCUAGGAGGCUUGUAUCUGACUCGUGGAAAUCGACGUCCUUCUCUGAAUCCCAAAAGUCCACUCUUGUUUCUUCUGAGCCAUGGAAACCCAUCUCAUCUGUUUACCCAGAAGGCUGGAAACCUGUUCUGUCCCCUGACACGUGGAAGCAUUCUUCCUCUGUUUCUCCUGAGCUUCGGAAGUCUGGUCAUUCUGUUUCCUCUGACUCUUGGAAGCCUUCUUUCUUUCCUGAGGUCCGUAAACCUGCUACUUCGGUGUCUCCCGAGUCCUGGAAGCUCUCUGAGUCCCGGAAAUCUAUGUAUUUUUCUGAAACUCAGAAGUCCACCUCUGCUGCUUCCUUUGAGGUUCAGAAACGAUCCCAUUUCCCUGAGCCUCGGAAAAGAGCUCUGUUCCCAGAGUCACGUAAAUCCAAUUCUGCUGUUUCUACUGAUGUCCAGAAACGUGCUGUAUUUUCUGAGACCCAAAAUAAGGUGUCUGCUUCUCUUGCUUCUACUGAAGGCCAAAAGCAUGCCUUAUGUUCUGAAGCCCAGAAGUCAGCUCUUGUUUCUCCUGAUGUCCAGAAGCAUGCUCUAUUUUCCGAAGCCCAGAAACUUGCUGCCAUUUCCCCUGAAGUUCAGGACCAUAAUUCCUUCUUGGAGACUCAGAAAUCAACUUCUCCUGAAAUUCAGAAACACGGCCUCUUCAACGAGGCCCAUAAACAGGCUCAUUCUGCUUCUCCAGACACACAGAAACAAGCUCUUUUUCCUGACUCCCAGAAAUCUGCUGUAUCCCCUGAUAUUCAAAAGCAAGCUGUAUUUUCUGAGAUGCAGAAACCCGCUGCUUCUAUGUCCUCUGAUGUCCAGAGACAUGUUGAAACUACUGUACCUUCUGAAAUCCCGAAAAACAUCCUGUUUUCUGAGUCCCACAAAUGUGUUCCAGGCUUUUCCUCUGAGCCCCAGACACCCAGUGAGUCUGGUGAGAGUGACUUUCUUUCUCACACUUUAGAUGAUCAGAAACCACUGGAUGACUUAUUCUCAACAGAUGAACAGUCCAUAUUAGCCAAAGAAUCACCCGAAGACAUGUUAUACUCAUGCCCAAAAAAGAAGCCCAGGAAGGAAAACCAAGACAACUCAGAUUCUGAACUGAACAGCAGCGAGUGUGGAAAAGCAGAGAUGGACUCGAUGGAGAUGAAGGAGCAAGAAUCCAACAGUGACCAAGAGCAGUAUGAUAUAGAGUCCUCUGAUUACAGCAGAGAGAGCAAAAUAGAUGCGACUACUCCCAGUCAGCCACCGUGUGUUCUUCAGUUUACCGAAGAGAAAGAGGCUUUCAUUUCUGAGGAAGAAAUAGCAAAGUACAUGAAGCGCGGCAAGGGGAAAUACUACUGCAAAAUUUGUUGCUGUCGUGCAAUGAAAAAAGGUGCGGUCUUGCAUCAUUUAGUCAACAAGCAUAACGUUCAGAGCCCAUACAAAUGUAAGAUAUGUGGCAAGGCUUUUCUCUUGGAGUCUCUUCUUAAAAACCAUGUUGCUGCUCAUGGUCAAAGUUUGUUGAAGUGUCCGCGUUGUAAUUUUGAAUCAAAUUUUCCCCGAGGCUUUAAGAAACACUUAACCCAUUGCCAAAGCCGUCAUAACGAUGAUACACCUAAAAAACACUUUGACAGCCUGGAACCACUUGAAGAACAAAUUUAGCUUGUAUUUUUCCUUGUGUUAGAGAAGCUGAAUUUACAACAGUGUUCGAAAGUGUUGCUGUAUGUUAACCGAGUAGUUUAGCUGAUCUGACAAGUCAGAAGAUGCAUGGUUUGUUGUACUAUGUUUAACUUGUCUGAUAGAUGUUUUACUGAAAUAAUUUGCUUUUAAAAGUCAUUUUAAAUACAUGUCCGUGUCUUUUUAUUACCCAUCAGUAGAGUCAUAUUUUUUUGGAUGUACUAUGUUUUUGAAACCAAAAUGGAUACAAACUAGUUUUGUAAAGAUUUGUAAAACACACAGGCAAUUAAGGACUGGAGCGGCAAGCGACCCCUGUAUUUCUGUGAAGAAUGAGCUUGGUUUUUUGCAUUUGUUAGAUGUCUUAUUUUUUAAAAUGUUUUUAUCAAAUUUUUAAAAUGAGAUUUCUUACCAAAUUAAAAGCGAAUGAGCCAGGCACGAGAAACUACCAACCCUUCUGGAACAACUUGGCCCCGAGGUUGUAAUUGAGUGUACAGUCAUUUGUUGGGAAUUUCUUGCACUCAAUUCUCUGUCUUUCUUGUCUCAGUUUUUAGAAGCAUUGAGGUACUUAUUUUGUGAUUAUGUAUUUUGGCCAUGUCUUAAGCAUGAACUAAUAUGCAUUAAAUUGGUGGAUUAAGUCAGACUACGUAUAGCUCAACAUUUUCUCUUGAUAAUUCAGAUGUUUGUAAUGUCAGGAAGAAAAAAAUCCCAUUUCUUGUAUCUGGUGAAAUGUAAUGCUUUAAUCUUUUAACAAUAAAAGAAAACACCCAAACCUGGCA